GCAUAUAUUUUCAUGUGUUGACAUCCGGCAGAGGAUCGUGGCAACCGAUUUUCUUAUCUAAUUCUAAUGUUUUGUGUGACAAUUAACGUGUUUUAAGCCUCAAAUCAUCUGAAUGGCUUCAAAAGCUGGCAAAAAGGGUACAUCUACAAACAGAGUUAGCUCUGCAACCCCAAGGGAAGCGGCAUCUAUAGCAGCCAGUGCGGGAGGUGCUGAUUCUAAGAGACCUCGUGCAUUAAUAUGGCCAGAGUGGAAUGAAAAAGAUGUCAAUGAUGAGAAAUGGGAUGUUGUGCAAAAGGCCAAAAAAGAAGAUAAAGGGAAAUCUCCAGUGGCCCAGCAGCAUUAUUUUGAUGACCCAGAGGGUAAAAUUGAGUUGCCUUCUUCACUGAAGGUUGAAACAUGGCGUCGUCCAAACGAGUUCAUUACGGAAAAGACCCCUGUGGUAGUGGACCCAGAUGGAAUGGCUGGGUUUGAUUUGAUCUCUGCCAAUGAACACAUUCAUCACAGUGAGCUGAUGAGGUACAUCAUCAGUCAGGUUGUUGCAUUAUGGGAGAACACCACAGAGAAAAAUGUACCCCCAGAGCAGGCCGAACCCAAUCAGCCAUACGAGGAGAUGAUCCACAGCUGGCGGCCAUGGGAACACAUCUAUGCUCUGAUGAAAGUUCAGAAACCUCCGUUUGUUACUCCAUACAACGCAUAUGGGAAAUAUGUUGUCAAAUUAUACUGGAUGGGAUGUUGGAGAAAGCUGAUCGUUGAUGAUGCCAUGCCUUUUGAUGAGAAUGACAAACUCCUACUUCCAGCCACCUCCAUGCAGCAUGAAUUGUGGCCAAUGCUUCUGACAAAAGCAUUGAUUAAAGUGGCUUCCUUAGACUACACAGGAGGUAGCCAGAGUAGCGAGUUCGGAGACUGCAGUGUCAUCCAAUGCCUGAUGGGAUGGAUUCCUGAGGCAAUACCACUUCAACAUGGCCACAUUCAUGAGGUAUGGGAACUACUAAAGGCUUCCCUCCCAGAGUGGAAGCUCCCCCUCCAGGAGUGGGAGAAACAGCUUAUGGCAGAACAGCAGGAACAGGAAAAGAAGGAACUGGACAGUGCAACACCACAUGACUUAACAAAAGACAAUCUGUCAGAGAAAGACGGUGGUAAAGGUGAAAAAUCAGAGAAAGCUGAUCCUAAGGCCAAGGACGGAAAAGACAAGGGCAAAGAUGCCAAGGACAAAGGCAAAGACAAGGACAAGAAAGGUGGAGAUAAGGACAAAGCAAAAGGGGCUGAAAAGGAGAAAACCAUGGAUGACAUAACAAUACCAGAGAAGCCAGAGGUGUGUGUGUUUGCUACUUAUUGGAGUACCCCUAAGUACCCCGUCAAGGUGUCAGUCCUGGGGGAAAUGGCUGACGCCAGUGAGAAACUGAGACAGAAUGGCUUGUCUCAUCUCUACCCUCAUCCUGUCUGUAUCACACAGACCCGAUCUUGUCCCCUAGAACCUCCCCCACCACCAGAAAAAAUACCGGCUUGGAAACUGAUCCGACCCAAGAAAAAGAAGCCUGCUCCAUCAGACGAACCUGUUUCAACUCCUGAGCCUCCAAAGCCUAUUCAGUGUUUGGAGAUCACAUCACCUUUCCUGAACUACAAAGUCAGUCCCAUUCCAAUUCCAGCAGAUACAACUCGUCCAAACUCCUCUUUGUCAAGAGGAGGAACUCGCUCACGUCCUGCAACAGGACACAUCAACCAAAUAGAGGAAACCGAUGAAAAUGCACCGGAACCAGAACCUCCAAAGCCUGAACCAGAAAAAGAGGAGCCACCCAAACAAGAGGAGCCCCCUCAAAUUGUUGAACCUGAGGUUAAGCCAUCCACCCCCAGUAAGGAGAGGCGAAAGUCCCCCACUAAAUCUAAGGAGGGAAAUAGAGAGGGAUCUCCCAAAGGCAAGAGAAUAAGCUCAGCGAAGGGAGAUAAGGCAAAGGCUACAGGGCGUCCAGAUUCUAAAGGCAAAAAAGAGGAGGAAAAGCCAGCCAAAGUCGAGUCCGUCAAUGGAGAAUACCUUACUUCACCACCAGCCACACCCCCAGCUGCAGCCCCUCCCCCAGUUCCUUCUGAUGGAGGAGGGUUUGCUCCACCCCCUGUCACUGACCCUGAGGCUGUACCCCCAGAGGGAGGAGAGGAGGGUGUAGAGAAGCAAUCCGAGCAGCAAGAGGAACAGGUUAUUGAUGAAGAAGCUGCUAAGGCCAAGAAAGUCUGGAUGGACUUUGAGAUGUUCUGCAAAUGUUUCAAAACUCUGUACAUUUAUCACAAACCUAACACCUACAAGUACAACCAUAAGCAUGCUGAUCUAAAGAAACUGGAGAAACUUUUCAAUGUUCAGAGUGUCACUCAAGCAGCUGCCCCGGUGGGCAAAGGGGACAAAAAAGGAAAUACAGGAAAUGUUGGCGGGGUAAAUACCUCCAAGACUGCUCAAAACCCACUCUCUGCACACUCCCUCUGUAGUGGUGGAGGAACUCUUGCUGAUGAGAGGGCACCACACUACCUGUUUGUUGACAAUCUAAAGCCCACAGAAAUUGUUGUGUGUUUCUCUGCCCUGUCCCGCUGGCACGAUCCCCCACCCCAAGUAAUGGACGAGGCCAAAUCUCACACCAAUCUGAAAGGCAAGAAGGGAGAACAGGACAAAGAACUGACCACAGUGACCAGCAGUAGUGUCAUGGAAGAGGAACCACCUGAUAUUAAGGUGUAUCAGGACCACAGUGUGGAAGGUUCUAUAGCUGGUGAACCUAAGUCUCCCCCAGUUGUAAAUCCUGGUACUCUGGUUGCGGAACCGUAUUCCUGGAAGAGUCUGGUGACAGGACAACCAAUUUUAAGGAUCAGAAGCACAGCCACUAAGGCAGCUGUCCUCAAUCUACCAGCUGGACGCCAUGUUCUAAGGUUCAUGAUGUCUGGACCUUUAGGUUAUUGUGUCCACUUGGUGUCCACCGUUCCAUUUGUAUUUGGAAAUGAGGAAGAAGUCAUGCCAGAACUCACUAAGGAGAGUUGUCGGUUUGUGGACAAUGCUCUACAAGUCAUUAAUAGUAUAGGAAAGUGUAUCAACAGUUUCACUGACACAGAGGCCUUUAAAAAGAACUGGGAUGAAUUAGUCAGCUUUCACUGCCCAUACAGGAACGAUAAACUCAUGUCUAAACAACACCACUUUGAGGUGUUUAAUGAUGCCCUGUACAACAUGUUACGUAAAUGUCUGAGUGAUGUAGCAACUCCAGAAAUAGCUUUUGCAUGGAGAUGUUUUACAUUUGAUGCCACAUCUAAAAAUAUCUUGGGACUUCCCACCAGUAGUAGACCAGGCUCAACAUUAUCAGGCACCGCCACCACGAGUCAUCGAGGGUCCGCCAAACCACCAGGCGGUGGCAAAGAAAAGGAUAAAGACAAAGACAAAGGGAAGCAACAACAGCAGCAGCGUGAGACAGAGAAAGUAGAAAAUCCAUGGGCAAACAGAGAACCUACUCCGUUUGAACAUACAUCAGCUGUAAAGAUUCAGAAGAGUUGGAAAGCUUACUAUGUCAGAAAGAUCACACAGGCCAGAACACAAGGCUCCGAAGAAAACAUCAAGGUAGCAGAAAAUCUUCAGAAGUGCUGGAACAUCAUAGAACCAAAUGCUGAACAAAAUGGUCUCUUCUUGUUCAGGUUCAUGUUUAAAAAUGACCCAGAUAUCAUGGUGAAGUACCCAUUCUACCAGGAUGAAUGGAACAAAAUUUCCUAUGCAGAUUAUAGUGGUACCUACCCAGAUCAGCCCCCUAACAAUUGGUUCCUAGUCUUUAGGGAGAUUUUCUAUGUGAGUGAAGAGAUGCUGGCUGUCCCUAAGUUGUAUGUCCCAGUCAGUACAUGUCUCCUGAGGGUCGUCAAUAAUGACACAGGAGAGGAAAUCCCUCGUGUCUUCCAGAAAGUGGCCCCCUAUGUCUACAAGAAAAAUAGGAAAGGUUACACCUUUGUUGCCGAGGCUAGAACAACAGAUCAAGGUAUCCCUAGCAACAAAUGGAGAAUGCGUCUGAUUGGUUCUUUGAGCCCCCUCCCAGCCCCAGCCAAACCAGACACGGUCAACUCAAGUUUUGUGGUCAAACACAUUACAGACUAUUAUGUGCCAAAUUCCAAAGAUGUCAUUUUCAGGUAUACUGUGAAAGUGACGGAAGACCACCUGGCUUCAAUUCAGGUCAACACAUCCAAACUUGAUGUCUACAUCAAACUGGUAAUUCUGGACAAUGAGACAGAGGUUGCCACCACACAGGGCAAAGGUCAUGCUGUCAUUCCAUCCUUUAUCUUUCUGAAAGACCUUGACCCAAAUGAGGAGAAGCGACCAAGCUCCAGAGCUUCUACCAAAGAAACCAAAGGUAAAGGUGGAAGCAAAGAGAAUGUUGGGAAGAAACGGUCAGGAUCUGGAAAGAGUCCGGAGGGCAGAACUUCAAGACCAGGCAGCCGAAUUUCUGAUGCUAGUGAAGUUGAUCUCGAAGAAAAGGACUACAAGCCUCAUAAAUACAUUAUCCAAGCUAUGGUGCAGAAGAACAGCUGGCCUUUGUCAGAAUCAAGCUGGGCAUUUGUACAGAUGCUGAAAGACCUGGAGAAAAAUGAACUCAAAGUUGCCAAUAAGGAGAGACCCCCUUCUCCACCAAAACAAGAAAAAACUGCCGCCAGCACAGGUAGUAAGGACAAGGGUAAAGGUGGGGCCAAGGGCAAGGAUAAGGGUAAAGAUAAGGACCAGAAGGGAUCCAGGCCAUCAUCACAACAGUUUGAUCACAGUAAACCCCACUGGAGCCUCCGAAUCGCCAGUGACGCCAGUGCGGCUGAUGAUAUUGAAGUUAAAAAGGACACAGAGAGAGCUGAUGAAAUCAGGGCCCUCAAACGAGCCUGGGAAAAUGCAGAGGAAGGGAGAGCAGUCAAGGCGAUGCAGUCACGGUUGAAGUAUCUGAACACCCACACAAUCAAGUUGGACUACGACAAGGAGGAGACGGAAGGCGGAGAGGAGAAACCUCUGGAUCAGGAGGAGGUGCCACCACCUCAGACCCCACUCUCUCUCCACGGAGACCAGGGGGAGGAGAAUCUGACCCUUGAACCACCUCCCGCCCCGACCCCCACAGAAAUGUUACAACCCCUGGAUCUUACUCCUUUCAUGAAGAAGCCAGAGCAUGAACCUCGGUACCUUGAUGAGGAGGAGAUUAGGCGGCGAGAAGAGGAGCAGAAGCGCCAGGUAGAGGAAUACAAGGCAUUCAGGGACCAGGUCAAAGCCUGGCGGGAACAAGACAAACAGAAACGCAACCUUACAAAGAUCAAACAGCUCGAGCAGUGCGAGGAAUUACAGGCCAUGUUGGAUGCUGCACGUGAGUCAGUAAACGCUCCUCGAGAGGCCAUACGUCAGAAAUACCUGGAGGCAGAACGCAAAAAACAGGAAGAGCUUGACGCAAAAGAGGCAGCUUCUGUGUCAGACCAGAACUCCAAAUCUCCCAAAGGGAGGAAAAGUGCCAAGGGCAAGAAAAGUCCUGCCAAUGGCAAAAAGAAAGGGAAAUAACUCCUGCAGUAUUAUACAAACUGUUCAAUGUAUCUGUGAUAACAUUUGUUGUAAACAUUAAGACUUUUGUUGUGAUGAAUAUGAAUGCCCAUUGUGUUUAAGAUUUGUUACUGUGGUAAUAUGAACACUUGUAUGAAGUGUACAAGAAAAGUGCUACAGAAUUUUAACAGAUGUUUGGUAUAUUUUGAUAUUUUUGAGAAUAUGAAAUUUAUGAUCCAUUUUUAUGUGCAUUGUGUGUUUGUGCACUGUUAAUGUCUGUGUCAUAACAAAUCACACCAUACUGCCAGCUAUAUGUCAGAAAAAAAUAGCAAUCAGAGAAAGAAAUCAAUGGUACUAUAUAUUAUAAAACAAAAAAACUAUAUCUUUUCUAAAAAGCAAGAAAUUGAUAUGUUGAAUGAUUUCACUUGUUUGAAGUAACAGAGGUUCAGCACAGUUCUUUUUUCUGCUCCAUUGGAAGGAGAUUUACUUCUUGAGAGAAAUAUCAGACAUUAACAGUGUGCCAUGUUGACAGUCAUUCCGUCCCACCACUGGUUCUUGCCGAUCAUAAGUGGCCCUUGUGAGCUCCGUCCUCUUAAUGAUCAAUGUUGUAUGUGAUAUUGUAAGUCCAGUGGUUCUCUCUAGUCCAUAUCACAUGACCUGUCCAGCCAAUCAAAACAUUUCUUACAAAAGAUCAUAUAAAGAAUUCAAGUCUCUUCUUUUUUUUUCUUUUUUUACAUAUACUUGUAAGCAUCAAAAUGUUUAUUGAAAAUUGGGGAUUAGUUAUCAGUUUCAAAACUGUAAUGUUAAAAUGUGAAGAAAUGAGGAAAUUGAGGAUCCAGCAAAAGGAAUGGUUGAUUGGUUGGGUGGUCAGCUUUUUACAUAUCAACUACUCUGUAUUAUGCAUAAUCUAUUUUCUAUCCUUCUUGGUCUGUCCUGGGACUUUUGUCCAAUUUUAAUGUCUCACAUAUCAACAAUUUUUGUUGUGUAUUUGUACAUAUGUAGCAUAAAUGUGUAUCAUAAAUGUCAUAUUUAUUGUAUUGUAUUAUAUGAAGA